UUAAGCAAUUUUUUAUAUUUAAUAUUUAUUGUGAAAAUUUAAUAUAUUUCUAUGAUUCAUAAAAAACAUUAAUAUUUAAUGUGAAACAUUCUUAAUUGUAAAUAUUUAAUAAUUAUCAAAAAACACGACUAUGUUAAGUCAAUACAACGAUAUUGAAGAAGAUGAAGAAGUUAUAUUUGAGGGUAGUGAAUUGUAUGAACAUUUAUCUGCACUGGGAUAUGCAGAUUUUGAAACUGCAACAGUUCCUAAACCUCAACUGACGUCACAAAAGAAAUCUAUCUAUAUGAAUGCUAAUAUUAUCAAUGAUAUAGGUAGAAACAUCUAUAAAUAUAUAUUGGAUUUAAAAUCUUGGAUAACACAGGACAGUAGUAUAUCCAAAGAACAAUUGCACAUUAUUUUAAGUGCCAAAACACUUUUAGACGAUCAUGCAUGUGCAAUUAAUAGUUAUACACAGAAAUAUUUUCCUUCUACACCAUGGAAAAAAAUGUUAAGGAAUUUACUUGUUAAUGGUACAAUAAUAUCUUCUUUUACGUACUUAAUGUUCUGUAAAGACAAAAAAGUUUCAAAUGUUAUAAUAACAUUCUGUAUAUUAUAUUUCACUGGUUAUAGAAACUACAAAGAUUUACAGGCAUGUAAAGAAUUAAAACGAUUAGUAUUAUUACAAAAUGAAUUUUAUGAUUUAUGUAAUAAAGGAUUAAAAAUUUUGAAACAUAAUUACAAGAUAAAAAUUAAUUCUAAGAAAACAAACCAACCAUUUCAUGAUCUUAUGGGAGAAAGAUUAAUAUACCUACAACCAAUAAUGGAAAAUUUAAUUAAAUCUAUGGAAGAUCUUUGUCAAAUUUAUCAUCAUAUUAUUUCUAUUAUGACAGCACAAUAUCCUAAACAUAUUUUAAAUCAAUUUAUAAUAACAACAUUUGAAGAUAAUGCAUUUAAAAUACGUGGAGAAAUUAAUUAUGAAACAUUGAAGCAAUUAUAUUAUACUUAUGUUCUUAUGCAAUCAGAACUAUUAUAUUUACUCGCUAUUGCAUAUGAUAUUAAAACAUGGUCUUUAACUUGUGAUAAAAUUUCCAAGGCAAACCUAUUUUAUAUUACUUAUAAAUUGAAUAAACAAUUGAUAAAAUACAAGAAUAAAUUGUCUCUGUGUAUCAAUUCUUAUUAUAAUUGUAAAGUGGAACCAGUUCAAUAUAAUUUUAAGGGUACAGUUACAUCGAAAUGGCAAGACCUUUAUUUACAUUUGAAUUUGACAUCUAAUAAGAUUCAACAGGCAUAUGAUCGUAUAAUAUCAAUGAUUAAUGAUAUUGAUACCUGUACUGAUGAUACUUCAACCAAUAAUGAGAUGUUAGAAAAAAUGAUGGAAAAAAUGGAUGAAGUGUAUAAGCAAAUAGACGUAGCUAGAAAUUUUGCUGAAUUUAGUAGUUUAUUAAUAACAAAAAUAAAAUAUAAAAAUUCUAAAACAAGUUAUACAAAACAAGAUAUUAGAAUACAAAAUGUAAAUGAAAACUUGCCAGUAAUAAUUGAUACAGAACCAGAAAUACUUGAUGAGGUAUUUGAAGAAUAUAUUAAAGAAGAAUAUCUGAAACCUUUGUAUGAAGAAGAUCAAGAGAUUUUAUUACAAGAAUAUAAGUUAGAUAAAUUGUUGGCAAAGAAUUUUAUGAGUGAAUUAAAAGAAGCUUUGAUUGAUAAGCAUAAAACUAUGUCAGAAAGAGAAUUUAAAGCACUUCAACGUAUGUACAAAAACGUAAUAAACAGUGCAAAUGAUUUGGGGAGUAAUAACCCAAAAUCUUCAAUACCUAUACCACCUCCAAUGCCUUCUUUGUUUAAUAAUUCUAAAUCGUUACGUAAUAAUGAUUCUAUUAAUUACGACGAUAGUGAAAUUUUUCCUAUAAAAUCGACAAAUACAUCGAAUACUGAAAUAUUUCAUAAACAAACGUCAAAUGUAAAUAAUAUCGUAGAAAAUUUUAAAUAUGCAAAUGACAACAAUGAAUCAACGAUUGAAGAUAACGAAGAUAGUAAUGAUUUUAGACUAUUGUCAUCGACAAAAUUUCAAAAUCCUGUUAUACAAUUUGGAUUAAAUAUGCCUCCUAAGUUACUAUCUAUGAAUGAAGAAAUGUUUAUAGGUAGUGGAGAAAAUUCCGAAAGUGACAUUGAGCCAGAAAAUGAUUCAAUUAAAUAAUAUUCUGUAUUCAUUUAUAAAAAUAAAUAAUAACAAAUUUCAGUA